AUGGGUGAAAUGUAUAUUUCUCCUUGUGAGCAAGCAGAAGCUGGCUCUUUCCACCCAAAAUUCAUGAGGGAUGAAGUGGAGAGGCCUAAGGUGGCGCACGACCAGUUCAGCGACGAGAUUCCGGUGAUAUCGUUUGCCGGGAUCGAGAAGAGGGAGGAGGCGUGGCGACGGAUCAUGGAGGCGAGUGAGGAGUGGGGGAUAUUUCAGUUGGUUGAUCAUGGUGUGGAUUUGAGUGUGGUUGAAAGGAUGAGAAGUUUAGCUCUAGACUUCUUUGCUUUGCCUUCUCAUGAGAAACUUAGGUUUGAUAUGUCUGGUGGCAAGAAAGGUGGCUUCAUCGUCUCUAGCCACCUUCAGGGAGAAGUCGUACAAGACUGGCGGGAAAUAGUAACAUAUUUUUCGUAUCCGGUGGCGGCGCGGGACUACUCGCGAUGGCCGGACAAGCCGAGCGGGUGGCGGGAGACGACGGAGCAAUACAGCCGACAGGUGAUGGAUUUGGGAUGCAAAUUGCUGGAGAUUUUAUCACAAGCAAUGGAUCUUGAAAAGGAUGCUCUCUCAAAAGCAUGCAUUGACAUGGAUCAAAAAAUAGUUGUCAAUUUCUACCCAAAAUGCCCUCGCCCCGAUCUCACAUUGGGUCUAAAGCGGCAUACGGAUCCGGGUUUGAUAACUCUACUGCUCCAAGAUCAAGUGGGUGGGCUUCAGGCGACCCGGGAUGGCGGCAACACAUGGAUCACAGUCCGACCUGUCCCAGGUGCUUUUGUUGUCAAUCUUGGUGAUUAUGGUCACUACUUGAACAACGGGAGGUUCAAGAGCGCGGAUCACCAAGUAGCUGUGAACUCGAAAAGCAGCAGAUUAUCGAUAGCAGCAUUGAACCCGGCCCCAAACGCACAGGUUUAUCCGGUGAAGAUCGAAGAAGGUGAGAAGGCAGUGAUGGACGAGCCCAUUUCGUACAUGGAGAUGUACAAGAGGAAGAUGAACAACGAUAUUCACCUCGCUCGACUUAAGAAGCUCUCCAAACAGGAGUAGUGUUUGCUCGAAGAUGAAUGACAAUAAGGAUAAGUCCUGCAAAAAACUUAAAACAGAUUCUUGCUUGAGAGAGUAGAGGGGUACUACCAAUUAUUUUCAUAUGCUUUGGUUUGAUGUUCUUUGUGUUUAUAAUGUUACAAAGAUAGAAUAUUCUUUGUAACUUUUUUAAUUAUGUGUAUGAAUAAGUUCUUAAAUGAAGAAGUACGUGUUGUUGAAAGUUUGAAGCUUUA